AUGGAGACACCGGCCGAAUUUUCCACACUUGAUCUCCUUAGACAACACCUUCUUGAUGAAUUCGAAAUCCCCGCUCCUCCUCCUGUAGAUGCGUUAUCAAAUAUUGAACUAGACGACCAUUUCAUCUCAAAUUUUGACUACCUAAAUUGGUCUACAACAACCGCUUCUUGUGAUUCUUCCACCUCAUGGAGUUCAUCAUCUUCAGUUUCUAAUAAUCUCAGCUUCAAUGAAAUCAACAACACCCCUGAUGAUGUCUGUCAUUUUAGUGUAUUUGAUUCCAUUAAUUUUUCGGUUUUUGAGUUCAAACCUGAUGUAAUGGAAACAACAGUUAAUCCGUCAAUGAAGAUGAAGCCGGAGAGGGAGGAUGAAGGACACUACAGAGGCGUCCGGAGGCGGCCGUGGGGAAGGUAUUCCGCCGAGAUCCGAGAUCCAUGUCGAAGUGGAAGAAGGAUUUGGUUAGGCACGUACGACACCGCCAUUGAAGGUGCAAAGGCUUAUGAUAGAGCUGCGUUUAAUAUGCGUGGUAGAAAAGCCAUUUUGAACUUUCCACUGGAAAUUGAGAAGAAUCAGAGGGAGCAAGAUGUUGCUGACGCGGUGGUGAAUCGGAAUAGCCGCCGGAAAAGAUCCAGACACUCGGUGGAGGUUAAGACGGAAACGACAAUGUCAUUUUCUCUUCAUCCAUAA